AUGGCAUAUGUAUGCCAUGCCUCGCGAUACGUCCUCUACCUGACAGCCCAGCACCCAGUCUUUCCUGCUGACGUUCAUCUCGCGGACGUGACGCAUGUUGUGUUGGCUUUCAUGAAAUCUUCGUCCUUCAUCGGAAAGAGUCCCUCAACCUGGGAGCCUUUCACAUCUGUCGAGAGUGUCCGCGCCAAGUUCCCAAAAAACAAUAAAGUCCAGGUGAUGAUUGCUAUUGGAGGAUGGGGCGAUACCAAUGGCUUCUCUGCAGCCGCAGCUUCUCAGAUGGGCAGAAAAGCAUUCGCCGAGAACGUAAAGGCUAUGCUUGAUUUCACCAAUGCAGACGGCGUCGAUCUUGACUGGGAAUAUCCCGGCGGCAACGGUGAGGACUACAAGAAACUUUCAAAUUCCGAGAAGAGCUGGGAAGUCGAGGCGUAUCCAAAGCUGCUUGCUGAGAUCCGAGCUGCCAUUGGACCCGACAAAAUUAUGUCUGCAGCAGUUCCGGGCAAGCCAGUCGAUAUCCAAGUGGCUUUCAAGAGAGAAACGCUUGCCGAGGCAGCAAGACAUCUUGACUUUUUCAAUAUCAUGACAUAUGACCUUUUCAACAGGCGAGACAAUGUUACUAUGCAUCACACUGGCAUUGACAAUUCUCUCAUUGCCAUAGACACAUACCUGACGAACGGCAUUACCGCGGAAAAGGCCAAUCUAGGAUUUGCAUUCUACGUUAAGUGGUAUCGAACAGACGGCGAUUGUAGCCAAAUGCCCAUAGGCUGCAAGACAGCGUUGAUGGAAGAUCCGAAAACGGGAAAGGACCUUGGUCAAAGCGGCUCCUUUUCAUGGCAUGACAAGGUACCAAAAGAACUUGAGAAGUCAUUCCACACCGCUUUGAACAAAAGAGAAUGGGACAAUGACGGGAACUACUAUUGGGAUCCAGAUGAGAAGAUCUUUUGGUCGUGGGACACACCUGCGUCUAUGGCAGAGAAGUUUCCAGCCAUCGUGAAGUAUCGUAAGCUCGGAGGUGUUUUUGCAUGGGGAUUAGGAGAAGACGCCGAUGGAUACCUGCAUUUGAAGACACUGAAUGCUCUCUUCAGGAAAUACCUCAAGCUGUAUGUUGUUCCCAGCCACCAAUUCUAUCGAUACUAA